AUGUUUGAUUUAAAGGAAUCUUGGGUUCCAGCCUACGCAAGACACUUUUUUGCCGCUGGAAUGUCAAGCAGCCAAAGAGCGGAAUGUUCUCAUGGUUUCUUCAAGCAAUACAUAUCAAGGAGAAAUUCGUUGAUGGAUUUCAUAAUAAGAUUUGAGAGGGCACUUUCUCAUCAACGUCAAAAAGAGUUAGUUGCUGAUCACGUAGAUGCAUUUGAAGCGGCUCAAUGUAUUCUAUCGACGCCAAUGAACAAACAAAUGGCUACCUUGUACACAAGGACAAUGUUUCAAAAGUUUGAGCAAGAACUAAUACAAAGUACAUCAUGUUUUCUAGAGCUGAAAACAGAGGAUGCUUCUAAAGUUGUCUUUAAUGUGAGUGAAAGGAAAAAUUGGGAAACAAGAGUGGCAGAAGUCGUAUAUGUCAAAGAUUCUGACCACGCAUCGUGUAGCUGCAAAAGAUUUGAAUUUGUUGGAAUUAUUUGCAAGCACAUCCUAGCAUUGUUCAGAAGGGACCAGAUUGAAUAUAAGCCCGAUAAAUACAUUUUGAAAAGGUGGAAGAAAAUUGCGAAAUCUAGAUUGGUGUCAGAUGCAAAUGGCAACGAAAUUAAAGACUCUGCAGAUCCUUGUCUUUUAAUAAAGCGGAGUACAAUGUCCCGACUUGCUUCAGAUGUGGUUGAGGAUGCAUUAAUGUGUGAAGAAGGAUGUGAGCUACUGUCAGAGACUCUAAAAAGUUUGCGGGUGAAGUUGAAGUUGUUGAAGAUGGACCAAGUAAUAACGAAGUUGGAGGGUCCAGCUCUCAAACACAAUAUAUGA